AUGAGUAAGCUCUACUUAAUUCAGUACCCUCCGCUCUCGUUGUCUCGAUCCUCCCUAUCCCUCUUCACUCCCACCCUUUCCAGCAUCGAUCCUGCCCAGGAAUCAAUGCCAAACGACGCUGCUUUUCAGCUUCGUAUUUCUAUCAGUCGAGCUGAAAGUGACGAUGCUGUGGCAUACAAAGUAGAUGGAGAGCGAUUUGAGGGCGGAUCGAGGACACUGAAAUUUGCUACAAAUACCCGAUAUAAGAUCACUCUAACAAGCAAGCCCCCUGUGGAAUUUCACCACAUGCAUCUGGCUGGAUGCGAUUUGCAGCUGCACACAGACGAUCCUAAGAGCGGACAGUACUCGACUGAGUGGAAUACGACCGGUAUCGACAUUUGCAAGAAAGGAUCUAGGAAUAAUAUAGGUCUUACUUUGCAGGGUCCUGGCGGUCUUCUGAAACGACAACUACAGAGCAAGUUCUAUCCAAAACAAGACUCUCAUGUUGAAUGGGGCACCAAACUAGAUUUUAUUCAAUGGACUUGCGCUGUGGACGGCACCGGUACAAUCUCAGUGACAGAGGAACUCAUCCAGUAG